UCUAAAAAAAAAAUACAAAAAUAAAAAAGAGAAUUAUUGAAAAAAUCAAUUUUACAAAGAAAAAAGUGUCAAAAAAUGUCGACAAUCACAAAAAAAGUUACCACAACAACAGCAGCGAAACCCGUAUCCGGCGUUUUGGGACAUAAAACGAAUGGCACAACAAAAGCGCCUCUUGUAAAGCCAAAAGUGCCUGUAAAGCCCCCAUCUCCUGUGAAAAAUGGCACAAAAAAGCACGAAGACGACAAUAGUUUGUUGCCUCAAGAUCGCCCGCAGCUCAAAGUCACGGGAUCAGCUAAAAGUCAGUUAACAAACGUUGCGUUACCCGACAUUUCCGUGUUACAAGUCGAAAAAAAGGAUAAAAACUCACCGCCUGUGACGAAAAUCAUCAUUUACAAGUCAAAGGAUCCCAACAAAAAGCCAACUGCCAAGUUGAUUAUCGAAAAGAAUGACUUUGAAAAUUAUCAGAAUUUUCCAUCAGAUACGAGUUUCAAUACCUACAGUGCGAUGAUGCAACAACAGCCUGACCCCUAUUACGCCAAAAAUGACCAAAAAUUGCCAUGGGCGUCGACAGAAAGUGUUAGCAGUAGUUCAACGGGACUGUAUCACGUGCCUCCUUCAGUUUAUUCGAAUCCCGUAUCACAAAAUCCAUAUGCCUACAAUACGGGGAACUCCAUUUCGGAUAAUUUUUAUGCUCGAAAUGCUCAAGAAAUGGCUCAAAAUCGACAAAAAAAUGAUUUUUACUCGCAACAAAUGCCGCAUCAAGCGAAUUUACAGUCACACAAGCCAUUUACGAGUUAUCAUCACACGCCGGGGACACCAUUGAACAUGUCACAGAUGAAUUUGGCAUCGAAUGAGCUGUACAAUGCGGAUAUCAAUUACAUGAAUAACUAUUUGAAAAGUUUGCCGGAUUACAAUUUGUUACCUGUUCAAGCGCAAAAUGCACCAACAACGAGUGAAAGUGACGAAAUUUAUAAUAAUUAUCCAUUUUAUGCGUCCCAAAGACAACCGCAUCCUCUUGCAAAGUCAAAUUCCUUCCAAAGUUUCGGUCAAAAGCCAAAUUUUCAUCAAUUUCAUCCGUCCUAUGAGAAUGUCGGGAUAUGUCGAAGUACCUCAAGUCAUGCAAUUCCGCAUCAAAGUUACCAUCAUCACCCGCCGCAGCAAUAUAUCCAUCCAGCAAUGCCCGAUCAGCAACCUUAUUUAGCUCAAAAUCAGAUAAAUAUCGGAAAUGAGGGACUUUGUACGCGUCCUCCGACGUCAUCGAGCCAAAAUUCGAAGAAUAUCGGAGAUUUUUGGAAGGAAAAUGUCAAUAGCAGUAACAAAUCUCAACCAAAAGUCGGCUGGAAUUACAAUAAAAUCAUGAGUAAAACGAAAGACGAGCUCCAAAACACGAUAAAUCGUUACAAAAACAACAUUGCCAACUUAAAUCAGAGUCUUUCGAGACCUGUAGAUGAUACAAAUCCCUAUAAAUUGAGGAAAAACGUGUCUUAUACGCAUAUCGAUCGACGAUUGCAGGAACAGCCAUACGAAAUGAUGUAUAAAAACUCCUUCGACAACAAUAAUAACUCCAAUAAUGCGAAUAAUUUUUACUCUCAUACUGAUUCUGCGUUCACUCGAGUCGGGGAUUUUAAUCCAAUCACAUCUACAAGCAGUAAUUACUCCCUAAAUUCCUUCUAUAGUCCCGUACAGCCCUCAGAUCUUCAAAAUUUCGCCCAAAAUACGAGUUCAAAUACGCCGCCGCCUCCUCCGGGCUUCAAAUCUCUGAUGAAAAGCAUGUCAAACGCUUCAAUUUCGAGUUAUUUGAACUCCAAUCCGGUGCCGUUUCCCGGUUUACAUCACUUAACCUCACAAAAAUCGAAGAUUUCUCAUAUUCCGGUGCUGCAAAAGACAAAUCCCUUAACGAAAAGUAACUCGAAUUCGACAAUAAUGCAAUUACCUUCGGUAAAUUUGGCGGAAUUGACAUCUUAUAUGCCUCCGUUGGCGAAAAGUUCAUCGAGUUCGUGCAUUUAUGCGAAAACGUUGAGUCAACCGUCGCAUCUGCGGAAGACAAAUGACAUUUUUUCGCCGUAUAAGGGCUUCGAUGUGAGCGAAGUGAACAAAUGUGUGUCGAAAAAUACGGAAAUUAUGCGGAAUGAGAUGAAAAAACCGUCGAUCGGGUUGAAACCUUCGAAUAGUUUCAGCGGCGGCGUUCGACCAAAUGUGAUAUUUCAGAAGCCGGUGCCUUUUGAGAGACCUUUCAAAGCAGCGACGCCGAUAGCGAAGUGUGUUACGGAGAAAAUUCCUCCGAAUGAGAAUUUGCCGCCUGCGAGUUUUGCUCCGAUUGACUUUUCAACGACUUCUAAAGCUGCAGAUCCGUUUGUUAAUCAUGAUUUGGUCAAUUUUGAAGAUAAUAUUGGGCGAAGUAUUGCUGAUAUCUAUGACGUUGGCAACAAUUACAAUCACAUUUACGGUUCAAGUCCCAAUAAAAAACCCUCAAAUUUGAAUCCAGAAGCGAAAAAUUUCACCCCGCUCUCGAAAUCGACAACUGUGAAGUACGUGCCGUUCAAUCAAUUUGAGAAAAUUCGCGCUGCUGAGAUAAAAACGCCUCCCGAAUCAUCAUAUCUGAGUUCGCCGCAUCUCGUUCGCAAAAUUAUGCGAAGUAACACGAUGAAUUUCAACAAUCCAACGUUCGAAAAAUUCAAUUUAACUUCAGAAAUUGCUCCAAAUGUGACGCCAAGUUAUGAUUUGACCUCCGCAACUCGCGAUGCGAACAACAACAAGUCAGAUUCGUAUCUCAAAAGUUAUCAAGAAGACAUUUUGCGGCAAUUUGAUCCGUAUUUCAAUGCAAAUCCGACUGUUCCGACGACGAAUAUGACAAUUUCCGACAAUAAAAUGUCAAUGUCUGUUACGAAUGAGUCGACGUCGAGUACUUCAAAGUCGAAACAGCGACAUGGAAGUAGCACAGAUCUCUUUUUGGAUUGUGAUGAUGAUGAGGAAAGUGAUCCAAUUGAUGACGAAGACCUCGAUGCCGAUGAUGAGGACGAUGAAGGAGCUGUUUGUCUCAAAUCGCAGGAGGAAUCUGUUGAUGAGUAUUUGCAAAGUUGCGGAUAUCCGUUUAAAAAGUCCAAAAAGUAUUCGCAUCAAUUCUCGUCGCAAUCAGCUUCCAUUGAUGGUUCGAAGAAUCUCGUAUCUGAUAGUGAAAUGUGUGCGGAAAUUCCGUUGGAAGAGACAAAAGUUGUUGAGAGAGAAAAUUCAAUGGCGACUUCCGAGACGUCAUCGUUAAGCAACGCAUCAUCGUCGUCGUCGGCGACACCGUCUUCGACAAAUGGAUCGCAACGUCGAUAUGCGCGUAGCAGCACAAUCAGUGUGGCACAAUUGCUGUCCGACAGUUGUAACAGUAUUUUGCAACGAUUUCGACGGAAUCCGAGCGAACAGAAGCUCUCCGCGAGUGACAAAAGUGUCGCCGUAUCUUCUCCUGUCACCGAAAAACGACACAAAUCACGAUAUAAUGAAUUGAGUCCUACGAUCGCGGAAGAAGAACCCACGAGUGAAACAAUGAGCGGUUUACGCACAAAUGGAGCAACUUCUCCAUCCUCGAGUUACAAGAAGCAUCGCACAACGACAGAUUACUCCUCAAUCCUCGACAAAAUCAAAUAUUCGGCGGAUUUGAGUCCCGUUUCGUCGUAUUACAAGCCAAUUUUGAAGUAUACUUUUGGGAAAAAAGACUCCGAUAAGGAAAAUGACAAAGACAAGACGCCCGUCGUGAGUAAAAAUGUGAAACCAAGUAGUUCGGCAUCGACAAUUUCCCGUUUGGAGUCCAAAUAUUCGGAUAUUUUGGAUCGUGUGCAUCGUCGGAAAGAGAAAAAUCGCGAAAAAGAGGAUCGCGACAAGACAAUUGAGCCUUUGGGCAUUAAUGCGCUUGCUAAAAGUGCGACUUCGGCAAUUUUUCAUCAUCAACCGAAGGAGAGAACGCCAUUUCAGUUGUCCAAAAAUGCGGGAAAGUCACGUUAUGAGACUUUUGACAUCGAUUACGGGCUGGGAGCGAGCAGCGGAAGUAGCAAUAGCACAAGUUCAAGUUCGAAACGCACUGAAUUAGGUCUCUUGACGGAUAGUAAUCGCAAAAAAGAGGAAAUUAGCAAGUAUCACGACUAUUUUUCAUCGCCUUACUCCAAACUCAAGAGCAACGACAGCGGAUAUUACGAUGGAAGUCGCCUUGGAAAGGAAAAUAAUUACAAAAGAUACGAUUUGGGAGAUGAUAAAACCUCGUCUCGAAGUCGCCCGUUGAAAGCAUACACGAGAAACGACUCUGGCGGCGUUUCGAAGAAGACAACAGCGAUAAAUCUCUUCGAUAUUGACGUCGGGGAUCGAAAAGCGGAUCGUGCACAUCGCAAUUACGGCCAUCGACGACGCCCAAUUGAACUUUCAACAGCAGGAAAGUCGAAAACUCAACAAUUUUUCGAGUCAGAAGACGCUUUUUCGCCAGUUCCGGAUGAAGAAGCGACCGAUCGUGAGAACAAACGGAAGGAAAUUCAAGGUUUGAUCAUGAAAUACGCCCAAUUGGAUGAUUUUUACUCGAAAACGACGGCAAUUCCGAGAGAAACUCGCGAUCAUCGCCCCUCUCCGGAUGACGGGCACAAAGAUACAAGCAGCAAAUACGACAUUAACAACAAUUACGACCCAUUUGAGACUUCGUAUUACGGAAGCGGGCUCCAAAAGUCACAAACAACGGCAAAUGUAUCGCGUCAAAUGAAGAUUAUGCAAAGUCCGGUAGCAACAAAUGCCAUGCAAGCAGCUGUUGUGCCGAUUACCAUGCCCGGCGAAGCUUAUCAUCGAUCGCAUCGCAAGCCGCAACAAAAGAGACUUCAACAAUUCUCGACUUUUAGACAGCCAUCAAUUCGUGACGACGCCGAUGGACAUUUAAUCUAUCACAAUGGCGACAUCCUGCAAAAUAGAUAUAAAAUAUUGGCUACCUUAGGAGAAGGAACAUUCGGGCGUGUGGUUAAAGUUAAAGAUAUGGAAAGGGAACACGUAAUGGCAUUGAAGAUUAUCAAAAAUGUCGAAAAGUAUCGUGAAGCAGCCAAACUAGAGAUUAAUGCAUUGGAAAAGAUCGCUGCGAAGGAUAGGCAUGGACAACAUUUAUGCGUCAAAAUGCUCGACUGGUUUGACUAUCACGGGCACAUGUGUAUCGCAUUUGAGAUGCUUGGUCUCAGUGUCUUUGAUUUCUUGCGAGAAAACAAUUACGAGCCAUAUUCCCUUGAGCAAGUACGCCAUAUCGGCUAUCAAUUAUGUUACGCCGUCAAAUUUUUGCAUGACCAAAAGUUAACACACACGGAUCUGAAGCCAGAAAAUAUUUUGUUUGUCAGUUCCGAGUACACAUCGGCUUAUAAUCCAAGAAAAAAUAAGGAAGUUCGUCGUGUCAAAUGCACAGAUAUUCGUUUAAUUGACUUUGGAAGUGCAACGUUUGAUCACGAGCAUCACAGCACAAUCGUUUCGACGCGUCAUUAUCGUGCUCCGGAAGUUAUUUUGGAGCUUGGAUGGGCACAACCUUGUGAUGUUUGGUCAAUUGGAUGCAUCUUAUUCGAAUUGUAUUUGGGCAUUACGCUCUUCCAAACGCAUGACAAUAGAGAACACUUAGCCAUGAUGGAAAGAAUUUUAGGAGCGAUUCCAUAUAGAAUGGCGAGAAAAACAAAAACAAAAUAUUUCUACCACGGAAAAUUGGAUUGGGAUGAAAAAUCAUCCGCGGGUCGUUACGUUCGUGAUCACUGCAAACCAUUACACCGUUAUGUAAUAUCUGAAUCCCCCGAACACUUGCAACUCUUUGAACUCAUUAGACGAAUGUUGGAUUAUGAUCCCACAACUAGAAUUACUUUAGGCGAAGCAUUAAAGAAUCCAUUUUUCCAAAAAUUGCCGCCAAACCAAUUACUGCACGUAAAAAGUAAUGAUCACAACAAAUCAUCUACAUCAGCCAGCUCGAGUCGUGAACGUUCACACAGUCUAUCGAGAUGAAGUUCAAAACGAUUUGAUUAUUAUUAAAACUAAUUGCAGCAUGCGGCACAAAAACUUCACUUUUUUGUCUCAAAAUGACAAAAAAAAAUAUCAAAACCCUUAUGAACCGACAAGAAAAUCGAAUCGAAAAUUCGUGAUAUUAAAAUAGUUGUAACAAAAAGUUAAAAAAAAAUCUCUCUCAGUCUCUUUUUCAAAAAAAAAAUUUUUUUUUU